AUGGACGCCACCCCUCACCUAAACUCGAAUAAUGUAACUGUCGAGUAUACCGACCCCUUCGGCCUCUUCCCUCAAGUCAGCCCCCUACUAUCGCAAGUCCUCCCUCUUCGAAAUCUCCAUUGGAAAUCUUCAGCUCGGCCCGUUCGAUCCAUUGACUCCCUACAAAUCGACUUCAAACCCGCCCAGACAGCAGCAGAUGAUCAGAAGCGGCUCAGUGAUGGCGCAAGCGGAGCGGUGUCGCAAAGAAGGCACCAGAUACCAGGGCUGCUGCAGACGCCAUACUUAAAGAUAUAUUUGCUACGAUGUGAUGAUAAUGAGACGUAUAAGACGACAUCAAGAAAGACGUUACGGGAAUGGAUAAAGACACGGGCCUCUGCCGCACCCACUGGGCAAGAUAAUCAUGAUGCCUUCGAAUGGCUAAUUCUUCACGUCAUACCUGCGACAGCGCCUGGCCCAGAGGUAACGGAGAAGGUUCCUCCAUCGAAGUGGCCAGGGAGGGGUUCGACCUCUGUUCUUGAGAAAGUCAAGGCUGACUUUAACGGAUCAUCGAAAACUGCAGUUGAUCGAGUUGCGCAAUUGAGAAUUCCAAAAGCAGACGCUGAUAAGAAACAGCCUGAACUAGCUGCGCAGUUAGAAGACCUAGUUGUGAAACUUAAAUCUUCAAUCCUUACGUCUUUUGAUUUGCGCGUGGGUCAGUAUGAAGCUGAUAUCCGUGAGAAGGAUUCACAGAGAAGCCUACCAGGCUGGAAUUUUUGUACCUUCUUCAUAUUAAAGGAAGGCCUUUCCCUUGGGCUCGAAAAUGUCGGCCUUUUUGAAGAUGCUCUUAUUGGCUAUGAUGAACUUGCUGUUGGGCUGGACUCGGCUUUGCGAGAUCAAAUCUCUGGCACUGGGGAUCAACAUGGUGGCACAUUUUUAAAUUAUAGCAAGGAUCUUCAAUCCAAGGCUGAGUCCAUCCUUGCUUCAAAGUCACCAGAAAAAAGGGAAGAAGGCUCUAGCUCAUCGGAGGAUGACGAGGAUGAGGAAGAGGACGAUGACGGCGAUGGCGACGGUUACCGGGACGAUCUCUUUUCAAACCCGAUUGCCCUCGAACGAGACAUAUUUCCGCUUCAGCCUCAGCAAAAGCCAUAUAGAGAUAUGAUUCUGGCGAAUAACAUAUCUAUUUUCGACUUCCGUGUUUACAUUUUUUCAAGACAGUUGCUACUCCUUCUGAAAGCCGCUCGAUCACCCCGUUCAAACCGCCAAAGCGCCUCUCAUAAAAACACCGAUAAACAUAAUUUAGUUUUACUCGCAGAGAUAUGCGAGAGAGCCAGCGAAUUCAUCACCCUUGCUUGUCGAACUCUAAGAAGGGACGUCGAGAAUGGGCUGGCACAGUUAUAUCAGACACCUGAUCCAUGUAGGAAAGACAAUGUCGUCACGAACAUCGUGUCCUCCUGGGCGUACGCUGCCGUUUCCCAAGUCCUAAUACAAACCUCCACAAAGAGCCUUGAUAUUCCUACGGUAUCUCUACGGACCGGCAAGGACCUCGUUGACGCCUCUGUUCUUGCGACUUUCACCACCGAAACAAGGGCAGGUGUGCCUAAACGUUCCAGCUCGUUAAUGUCCCCAACUUCGAGGCCUGGAUCUGGGAUAUCCUUAAAUUCGCUAGGGUCCAUCCUCUCUACGCCACAGAAAGCGGGCGGUGUUGAGUUAGCUGCCGCUCGAGCGGAUUUGUACCACCUUGCUAGGUGUCAGCUAGCAGCUCUUGGGCGAAGGAGAGGAUGGGAAAAGGGAUGGAAUAACAUGUCACUGUUACUCAACGAAAAGAGUGAUCUCACAGAUGUUUCAUUAGACGACGAUUCGCAAGAAGAAGCUGAACCGGCAGUGGUAUCACAAUCCAAGCGACCAUCUCCAUCAAUGACGGGCGGUGUGGACACGCCGUGCCUAGCUCUCUCAAUCAAGUCAGCGAAACAUUUCAAUUGUCUCUACGAGCAGGUUACCGAUCAAGUAUUCCGCCACAAUAUGGCUGCCAACCGAAUGAAAUCCGCCGAGAAGAUGAUGACCGAUAUUGCAUUGCUUAAGUACGAGACGGGUGAUUAUGCUUUAGCGGCAUCCUAUUUUCAUCAGCUUGCCACUUUCUAUUGCAGCAAUGGCUGGGAAGCCUUAGAAGGUACAAUGGUGGAGUUAUAUAGUCGAUGUUUGAAGCGGUUGAACCGCAAGGACGAGUUCGUUCAUGCGUCGCUCAGGCUACUUGGAAUAUAUUCAUCGAUAUCCCAACCUUGCUCUACGCUGCAGUCUAGUAUGGGCUGUAGAGUUGAGGAAUACGUCGACGAUCUUUUUGAAGUCUCAAAAUCACUCUCAAAGACGUUUAUUGUUCAAAUCAGAGGUUUCUUUAGAGAUGUCCAGAUUAAGCCGGGGAUUUCUCAUUUUACAGAUAAAGACGGGUUUCAGGCGCAGUUGUCUUUAAGAUAUGCGCUUGGUGAGAAGAUUAAGAUCGAUAAUAUUAAGAUGCGACUGGUUAAUUCAUUAGAGACACCGACUAUGGAGCUGUGGCUGGACAACUUUGACUCUACGAUCGUGAAAGCGAAGACAACGAAGAUCUUACUUGAGUCUUCGACCACAGUACAUGGUAAAUAUUAUAUCGACCGCAUCGAGAUGCAAGCUGGAAAUAUCACCUUUAUACAGGAUUACGACUCCCAGGUUGCGGCUUCUCAUAUCCUGCAGGAUACGACAGUCAAAUCGCCUGCAUCCGAAGAUGAACGGCCUCAUAUUGUCUGUUACCCCGCCGCAGAGGCGUUUGGUGGAAAGAUCUCUCAGUCGAGGGCUAUCAACCUGGUGGAAAAUAGAAGCCUAGACAUUGAGUUGAAUUCUGGCUGGAAUGAUAUCUCUACUGGAUACGUGCGAUUGAAACCUGCAACUGCCGGGCUACGUCUUAUCAUUGCGGACGUAUCACUUGUGGAUGGAUCCCUUACGCUUGAUGAUGAGAAAAAAGGGGGCAGGAUUUGUUUCUCAUCUCUUGCCAGAGACUCCACUGCUAUACUAAGGGUGCCCUACACCAUGGAAGGAAGCCAGACGACGCUUUCCGUUUCUAUGGAAGUUGAAUACGAGACAGCAGAGGGAGAAUUUGAUUACAUCAGUUCUUCCUCAAUUAUAUCAACAUUACCCGUCAGCGUCAAUGUUCAAGACUUGUUCCAGGAUGGGCAGCUGUUUUCAAGAUUUAGCAUUAGCCCUGGCAUGUUGAUACCUAUUCGGGUGUUUAAUUGUGAAAUGGCGAGCUCAGGCAAAUACGAUGUGGAGGCUAGCGCCCUAAAGGGAGAGAUAUUUGACGUGUUCCCAAAGCAACCUGCUUCAUUGCUAUACAAGAUCACUCCCCGAAGCGAUUACCAGCCCGACAAAAAGGAAGGGUCCGCACGGCCGUUGAGCCUCUCUAUGGAGUUUUCAUGCCUUAAUGAAGAGUGCUUAUCAGUAUUGGAAGACAAGUUCACUGAGGAGGUGGAGUCCAGUCCGUUCUCGGGCCUAAAGCAUCUCCUGGUUCCAUUCUUGCUGGCAGCCUUUAGCGCCAUUUGGACAGCCCAUGCGUUGGAGAUCAUCGGGCUGGUGAGGGAGAUAGAGGUGUAUAGCUACGAGCAUGUGCAGUGGAAUACCGCAAUCCAGAGCUUGGAUAUUGAUACACAGAAGCGGCUGGUUGAGUGGCUGAAAAAGUGGCACGAGAAAAACCAGAGUAUACCUCUUCCAAACGAACGGCCGGUGCAUGCCAGCCGAUGCAUCACCAUCCCAGUUGACAUCCCAGAUGUGCAAGUCGUGCAUACUGCAAGGCUGGUCUUGGAUGGCCUGUCUCCGGGCCAGACCCAUGUGGGCGUCGAUGACAUGAUACCUGCAGAUUUAAUAAUCCAUCACACGAGACGCUGGUGCAGUGUUGCUGAGCGUGAGGUACAGUCGUCUCUCGAAUUUAGCUACGAAGUGGUAGCCAACCCUGACGUCUGGGUAAUUGGCGGCCGGAGACGAGGAAACUACAGCUGCGCGGAGGGAGAAGAGAAGCGAUUUAGACUGCUACUGCUCCCGCAACGAGCUGGCCAUCUGCUUCUUCCGACGGUCGAUAUCAAGUCCUUUGCUGUUGAGACUGGCCAACAACAGCAGCCCAUGUCGCCGUUGGCAGGAGAGCAGCAACCACAUUCGGACAGCAGCUUUGCUCCACGCCCGCGAAGACCGGUCUCCAGCGAGCUAGACUACCGCAGCCACGGUGAGACCAUUCUGGUCAGCGCCGACCUCCAGAUGACGACCAUCAACCUGGAUGGGUUUGGUGAUGCGGUCGAGGACGGAGGCUGGCAGGCUGGCUCUACCACCGGUUAG